CUUGAGUUGAGGAGAAAUGUGCUGUUACAGGGGUUAGUGUCUUUUGAGGAUGUUGCUGUGUACUUCACAUGGGAGGAGUGGCAGGACCUUGAUGAUGGACAGAGGACUUUGUACUGGAAUGUGAUGCUGGAGACAUACAGCAACCUGGUGUCAUUGGGGUACUGCAUUACCAAACCUGAAGUGGUCUUCAAGUUUCAGCAAGAAGCAGAGCAAAGGACAAUAGAGGAGUACUGGAAUUUGAAGUUAGCGUAUGUUCAGAUAGUCAAAGCUCUAAUUACAAAAAGCCAAGAACGUCAUGAUACACAUUUGCAGGAUGUUGUAAUUACCAACAGCAAUACAUCAACUGAGGAGAGAGUUGAAAUAGAACAAGCAUUUCAUUUGAGCUCAAACCAUAUUUCAAAUUCAAUUAUAAAUAGUGAAAAGUAUUUAGGAAUGAGGUGCAAAGAGUUCAUUGUAUGUCAGAAUGCACUUCCUCCUAGAGAGGCUGAUUGGAUGCAUGUUGGAGAGAAAUCUGAUGGUGGUAAUAUAACUGGGAAAUUGUGGAGACGUUGUGAGCAUCUUAAUCAUCAUUCCAAGAUUCAUGCUCAGCAGCAGGCUUUUGAAUAUAGUGGACAAUGGAAAUCCUUCAACACAGAGCCAAUAUUAUUGGAACAGAAGAAAGUGUAUAUGGGAGAGACAUCCUGUAAAUUUGAUUAUGGGAAAGUCUUUCAUAAGUCACCUAUUCUUGCCCAAGAGAUAAUUCCAGUGUCAGAGAAAGCUUUUCAGUUUGACAUAUUUUGGAGAAAGUUCUGUGAAAAUUAUGAACUCAUUGAACAGCAGAAAAUACACACAGAAGAGAAACCCUAUAAAUAUAGUGAAUGUGAUAAAUCAUUCAUGAAGAAAUUAUCCCUUACAAUCCAUAACAGAACACUUACAGGGGAGAAGCUAUAUGUGUGUAAUGAAUGUGGGAAAACCUUUCACAAGUCCUCAGACCUCAGCAGGCAUCAGAGAAUUCACACAGGUGAGAGACCAUAUGAAUGUAGUGAAUGUGGAAAAACCUUUCACCAGAAGUCACAACACAGCAUGCAUCAGAGAAUUCACACAGGUGAGAGACCGUAUGAAUGUAAAGAAUGUAGAAAAACUUUCUACUGUAAAUCACACCUCAAUGUACAUCAGAGAACUCACACAGGUGAGAAACCGUAUGAAUGUAGUGAAUGUGGAAAAAGUUUCUACCGUAAAUCAUGCCUCAGUAUACAUAAGAGAAUUCACACAGGAGAGAAACCAUAUGAAUGUAGUGAAUGUGGAAAAACCUUUCACCAGAAGUCACAACACAGCAUGCAUCAGAGAAUUCACACAGGUGAGAGACCAUAUGAAUGUAGUGAAUGUGGAAAAACCUUUCAACAGAAGUCACACCUCAGCAUGCAUCAGAGAAUUCACACAAGUGAGAGACCAUAUAAAUGUAGUGCAUGUGGAAAAACCUUUCACGAGAAGUCAAAUCUCAGGAAGCAUCAGAGAAUUCACACAGGAGAGAAACCAUAUGAAUGUAAAGAAUGUGGAAAAACCUUUCAACAGAAGUCACACCUCAGCAUGCAUCAGAGAAUUCACACAGGUGAGAGACCAUAUGAAUGUAGUGCAUGUGGAAAAACCUUUCACGAGAACUCAAAUCUCAAGAAGCAUCAGAGAAUUCACACAGGUGAGAAACCAUAUGAAUGUAAAGAAUGUGGAAAAACUUUCUACCGUAAAUCAUGCCUCAUUGUACAUCAGGGAACUCACACAGGUGAGAAACCAUAUGAAUGUAGUCAAUGUGGGAAAACCUUUCACAGGAAGUCACACCUCACCAGACAUCAGAGAAUUCACACAGAUAAGAACCAUAUGAAUGAAAAGAAUGUUCAAAAAUUUUCUAAAGUAAAUCAGACUUUAAUGUACAUCACAGUACUCACACAGGUGAGACACUAUAUGAAUAUAAAGAAUGUACAAAAUCUUUCUAACAUAACUAGGAUCUCAAUAAACAUAAGAAAAAUCACACAUAGAAAAGGCCCUAUGAAUACAAUGAGUGUGAAAAAAACCUUCAAAAGUAAGUCAAUCUUCAGCAUGCAUCAGAUUCACACAGAUGAGAAGCCCUAUGUAUGUAAUGAAUGUGGAAAACCUUUUCACCAGAAGUCAAACCUCAGCAAGCAUUGGAGAAUUUACACAUGUGAGAAUCUAGAUGAAUGUAAAGAAUAUAGGAAACCUUUCUACAGUAAAGCAGACCUCAGUGUACAUCAAAGAACUCACACAGUUGUGAAACCAUAUGAAUGUAAUGAACGUAGAAAAUCUUUCUACCAGAAAUCAAACCUUAUUAGUCAUGAGCUCACUUCAGGAUUCAUCAGAGAACUCACA